AUGUUCCAUGAAGUUUAUGCAUGCACUGAAACAAAUUCUAAACGUUGUAAGACCCUUGAAGUGGGGGCCAAAAGAGACCAAUAUCGUGGAACAUCUUUAAAAUAUCAUUUUUUGCGCCCCGAAUCUGAAAGUCAAGAAAAACGUCAAUUUGUUCCAUGCAGUGCCGUUUCGCUUCGCGCCGCAUGUCUAGCCAGUGUGUCUUUGCCUUCGGCUGCUUUGUGCGGGUGGUGGUUUUUACAUUGGGCUGGCCUUGGGAGGGACUCACUCCGCGAUUCCGACCGCCCGUCGCUCAGUUCCGACAAGGCAGUCUUGGCGAUCGCGCUGCUGUGCAUCGCUCGUUCCAACUUUCUGAGACUUGCUGUGUUGUUCGCAGGUGCAGUGAAGACAGAGGACCCAGAUCGCUCUGCGCCGAACGGACGGGACCUCGAGGAGGACAGCGGCUCUGGAGGCGAAGCGUGCGGUGCACCGGAGGACCUCCAGCUGCGCAUCGCCGAGACGUUCUCGCUGGCCACCCUGGCCGUCGACGAGGGGCCGGUGGGGGCGGCCCCGCGGAAGAAGCCAGCCAGGAAGACGCGGCCUGCCUUCGAGGGCGGGGAGAGCUCCGGCAAGGCAGAGGGCCGCGAGCAGCGGCCGGGAAGUCUCGCCGGGAAGGGGCGCUACUCGUGCACGGAGUGCGGCCAGCGGUGUCCCUCAUCUUCCCACCUCAAGGCCCACUCCAGGGUCCACACCGGGGAGAGGCCUUUCCAGUGUGUUCUGUGUGGGGAGAAGUUCUCUGCAAAAACUACUCUAACCAGGCACAGUCUGAUCCACACCGGGGAGAAGCCUCACGGGUGCGACGUGUGUGGAAAGAAGUUCAGACAAAAGGAAGAUCUAACCGUGCACAUGAGGAUACACACAGGAGAGAAGCCAUUCAAGUGUGCCUUUUGUGAAAAGAAGUUCGCGGAUCAACGCUCUUUAGUGAGGCACAAACGGCUUCACACUGGAGAGCAGCCUUUCGAGUGUGACGACUGUGGGCGUGCAGUGAAGACAGAGGACCCAGAUCGCUCUGCGCCGAACGGACGGGACCUCGAGGAGGACAGCGGCUCUGGAGGCGAAGCGUGCGGUGCACCGGAGGACCUCCAGCUGCGCAUCGCCGAGACGUUCUCGCUGGCCACCCUGGCCGUCGACGAGGGGCCGGUGGGGGGGGCCCCCGCGGAAGAAGCCAGCCAGGAAGACGCGGCCUGCCUUUGA